AUGUCAAGCCUGCGGGGCUUGUACGGUAAGGGGGAGGAUCAGGGUAUAGAGGGCAACUUUGGGGUUGAUUAUGUGAUUCAUUACCGAAUACCACCCAAGGAGAAAGAGAAGGCAGAGGCCGCCUUUGUUCAGCUCAUUGAAGCUCUCACAAAUAUCGGUCUCACCACUGCUGUUCGAUGUGGUGACAAGGACUCUCUUCUCGUCUUCACCAGGCUCGCCUCAAAUGAUCUGUUGGCCCGGCAGGUCUACAGCUCUCGCCUCCAGGACUGGCUGCAAGGAGUCCGCAUCAAAGCCCCUGCCAGCGAUGUCACGCAGGCAAUCAAGGACGAGCCCGUUACUGAGGCUGAGAGGCUUCGAUUGGUCUAUCUCCUGAUUACCGAGUCUCGAAAUGAGGGAGGCGCGGGCAUUACGCAGGGGCAAGGCCAGUGGAAGUACGUUGAAGCCAUCUUUCCACUCCAUAACAAUGCAUUCAACAAGGAGUGGCUACAUAAAUGGAGCAAAAAGUACAUAUUGGACCAAUCCGAUUUAGACGACAUUCGAGACAAGUUUGGCGAGGGCGUUGCCUUUUACUUUGCGUUCCUCAAGGAUUACUUCCGCUUCCAGAUAUUUCCGGCCGUGGUAGGCUUCUCUUGUUGGAUGCUGAUGGGACAGUUCUCUACAUUUUAUGCCAUCUGCAGCUGUCUCUGGUCCGUCGUGUUUUUUGAGUAUUGGAAGCGCAAGGAAGCUGAUUUGUCCAUCACUUGGGGUGUUCGCGGCGUUUCCAAGAUACAGCAUCCACGAGCGGAAUUUCAGUGGGAUUUUGAGGCGGAGGACGCAGUUACGGGAGAGCCUAUCAAGAUUUAUGCUCCUAUUAAGCGGUUACAAACUCAGCUUCUUCAGAUACCUUUUGCUGUAGCCUGCAUCGUUGUAUUAGGCGGGCUUGUGGCAACGGUAAACUCUCUGGAGAUUUUUAUCAACGAAGUAUAUGCUGGUCCAGGGAAGGCGUAUCUGGGCUUCCUGCCAUCCAUCUUACUUGCCACCCUGACACCGACAUUUUCGACUAUUCUCAUGUCUGCUGCUAAGAAGCUGACAGAUAAAGAGAAUUAUGAUACCAUGGACGCACACCAUGCUGCUUUGGUCCAGAAACAGUUUGUGCUCAACUUCAUGACUUCAUAUAUGGCAUUGACUUUUACGGCCUUUGUCUACAUUCCCUUUGGUAGCAUUUUGCAGCCAUUCCUUAACUUUUGGGGCAAGACUGCUCAAACUCUCACCAUGAGCGAGGUUCCAUUGACCACGCGCCAGUUUGAAUCAAACCCCCAGAGAAUUGCCAACCAAAUGUACUACACCACGGUCACGGCACAAAUUAUUAAUACUCUUACCGAAGUCGUUGUACCCUACAUCAAGCACAAAGCUACUGUUAAAGCAAAAGAGCUGUCGUCCAAUGGCGCGGUUAAGUCUAAUGACCAGCCCGAAGAAGCCGAGUUCUUGAAGCGCGUACGAAAUCAAACUGGGCUCGAGGUCUACGACGUUACUGCAGACUACCGUGAGAUGGUAAUGCAGUUUGGCUAUCUCUCUCUGUUUUCCGUUUCAUGGCCUCUUACGGCCUGCUUUUUCCUUCUCAACAACUGGAUCGAGCUGCGAUCCGAUGCUCUGAAGAUUGUCAUUGGCUGUCGCAGACCCAUCCCAUGGCGAGCCGACUCCAUUGGACCGUGGUUGACGGCCCUGGGCUUCCUUUCAUGGCUCGGCAGCGUCACCAGCGCUGCUAUUGUCUAUCUUUGCAGUGCUGACAAGCAAGAUGGCACCGUAUCAUACAUCACUGCGGGUGGUGUUCUCCUCAGCAUCCUCCUGGCUGAACACCUCUACUUUGCGGCUCAGCUUACCGUUCGAUUUGUCAUGGGUAAGGUGGAGAGCCCAGGCCUCCAGAGGGAACGCAAGGAACGCUUCCAGAUGAGGAAGAAGCUCUUGGAGGAGACCGUCGGCCACGUGGCGAGCGAGAAGGCCACUGUCGAGGUUCCAGGGGUCGAAAAGACGGAGCAAAUCACUAGGCAAACAUUGGAAGAGGAAGCCAGGCUGGCCUCGAUCCAUGGGCAUGGAUCCCCCGAAGAACUGUUCUGGCAACGCCAGCGAGGCAUGCAGGAUACAAUCUUGGUCGGCCGGAAAUUGAUCGCAGAGCAGUCUAGUGGCAAGGCCUGA